UCUAUUCCAUCUUUUUUUGCCCAGUAACAGGUAUAAACAUGGUUUUGCUGUUAGAUCUAAAUUCUAAAUGUAAAUUAUUAAGCUUGUGAAAGAAACUAAUUUUAGAUCUAUAUUUACUAGCCUAGACUAGUUUACAUGUAAUUCAAUUAAGAAAUAAAGAUGGAUGACUUGGAGGCAGAUGACAUCCCAAGACCAAGAAGACAGCGCCCAAAAGACUCAUUUCAAAGUGAAUUACAAGGAAAACUAAGAGAGAGGAGAAAAUUGGGGCUAACUGAUGACAUUACUGACAGUGAUGAAGAUGGUUUCAAUACUUAUAAAGAAUAUCAUUCUAAACCCAUUAAGGAACAAAGACCUAGUUCAGCUAAAAGGCGUGAGACUCAUUCACCAGAUCUAAGUGCUGCUUUUGGUACAACCACUAUGCGUACUAGAGAUCUUAAAAAGCUUCUCAACCAUGACAAUUAUGAAGAUGAUGACGAUGAAGAAGUUGCCAACACUUUUGAGAAAUCCAAAUCUGCUGGAUUAUGGCAGCCUCCUGGUGUCAAAGCACCAUCACCAAAACAAGAAUCGAAAUUCCUUAAACAGAAUGCUAAAAAAACAUCAAAUACCAGUACAUUAGAUUCUGUAAUUGGUCGAAAGACACCUACAUAUGAAAAUUUAACUAAAGAAGAAAUUAUUUUUGGCCGAAAAACUCCAACAGAAGGUAAAAGGAGCCCCCAUGACUGGUCACAAGGAGACAAAAACUGGCAACCUCCCAAUUAUCGCUCAGCUUUACAAAGUUCCCCAACAGAGGUAAACAGAGGUUCACGGGGAGUAACUCCUGCUGACUCUUUGCUUGAGAGUAUUUCAGAAUCACCAAGAGAUAAAAUGACUCCAAGAUUACUAAGGGGACAAAAAAGUGAACUAUCACCUAGAGAUUCUUUAAAGCAUGGUAGCAAACCUGUGCCUCAAGCUAGAAGCAAAGAUCAAAGCAGAAUAUCUCCAACUUACAGAAAAGAGUCUGAUAAAUAUGAAAGAGAUAAAGAUGGUAGAGAAAAAAGAUCACCAACACCAACAUUUGAAUAUGAGAAGAAGAGAAGCACUCCAACAUUUGAGAAUGAGAAAAAGAGAGCCACUCCAACAUUUGAAAAUGAGAAAAAGAGAGCAACUCCAACAUUUGAAAAUGAGAAAAAGAGAAGCACUCCAACAUUUGAGAAUGAGAAAAAGAGAAGCGCUCCAACAUUUGAGAAUGAGAAAAAGAGAAGCACUCCAACAUUUGAGAAUGAGAAAAAGAGAAGCACUCCAACAUUUGAGAAUGAGAAAAAGAGGAGAACUCCUACAUUUGAGAGUGAAAUGAAAAAAAGUACACCAUCCUAUGAAUUUGAAAGAGAUCACAAGCGCAAUUCAUCUAGUGAUCUGUUUGGUCACAGUCGUGCUGAAAGUAAACAAGAAUUAGAUUCUUACAUCUUUAAUGAUAAGGGCAGAAAAAAUGAUAAAAUAUUACAAAGCUCUGAAAAACAACGCUACAACAGAUCUCCUUCUCCAGAACUGAAACAAGAAUACAGAUCUAAGAGUAAAGAGAAAACCUUAGAUAAAUUGACAGGUAAUAAAGUGACAUUUGAAGGCAAGAAAGAAAAAAUGGGUAUUCUUGGAAGGAAAUCUCCACUUCAGAAGUCUUUUGAAGAUGAAGAAGAAAGAUCUCAGAGCAAAGGGACUCCUAAUGUAAUGGACCUACUUACAGAUAAGCCAAAACCUAAAAUGAGAAAUGGAAAAGUGAAUUCUGGAGGAUCAAAAGAAGGUAUAAACAGUCUUCAAAAUUCAGAUGGUCGAAAGUCUCCAUCUUCAGUGUCAAUCAAAACACAAGACAGUCUUAGAAAAUCAUUAAGUGAACAUUCUCUUCAAGCAGAAACUAUAUAUCAACAACAAAGGCCAGAAGAUACUAGCUCUUUAUGUGAAGAGCUCCCACCAGACCCAAACAGAAAAUUGGGACAAUCAAAAACAGAGAAAGAUAAUACUGGAACAGAGAGAUCCAAAAAUGAUUCAUUUAUUGAAAGCAUUGCUAUAGCCCAAACCAUGACUUAUAUAGGUCAGGGUAAGACCACAAAGAGAGUCAGGCCAGUCACUGCUCAAGCUAAAGUUCAGCAUAGACCAAAACCUCGUUAUGGCUUGCUACCUGGGCAGACAGAGCCUUUAACAGAAAGGCAAUUUAACAGCACUGGAGACAUCAGAGAAGCAAUCUAUGAUGAGUGGUAUAAGGAACACUUAAAAGCUGCCAAAGAAAAGAGAAAAAUUGAGGAACAGAAGAAAAAGGAGGAGCAGGAAAAGAAAAAAAAAGAAGCUGAGCAGAAAAAACUUGAGGCAGAAGCUUCUUUUAAAUCUUGGUCUAAAACAAAGACAGAAAUUUUAUUAACUGAAAAAGAGAAAAAAGAAGCAGAAGAAAAAAAGAAAAGAGAGAAAGAAGAAAGAGAAAAAGAAGAGAAAAAACAAGAGUCUCUAAAGUCUUUUGAAUCUUGGAAAAACAAAAAAGAAAUGUUGAUAAAAAAGCAGCAACGAAUUGAAGCAGAAAAGAAAAGAAAGAAUGAAGAAGAAUUAAAAGCUAAAUUGGAAAAUGAAAAGAGGGAGAAACUGACUGCCCACAGUGGAUGGGAAAAGAAGAAAAAAGAAGAAGAAUUGAAAAGAUUGAAGGAAAACAGCUCAUCGAAAAAGAGUGAAGAGCAGAGGAGGCAAGAGGAGAGAGAAGCACUCAGGAAAAAAGAAGAAGAAGCAAAUGAAAAGUAUUCUAAGUGGCUAGAAGAAAAGGAAAAGCAAGCUAAAAAAGAAAAACUAAAAGCUAAACAGAGACACCUGUCAGAAGAAGAUGAAUUUAAACCAGCCUGGUUUCCAGCAAGUCGAACAAUACCUUUUGGAAGGUGAUCAAUUACAAAAUAAAACAAGAUUAGCAAGUUGAUGUCUUCACACACAUCCAGAGACAGCCCCCGAAAGGUCAAACCCAUGGGUCAUCAAACAAUGCAGGUAUCAAGGCAGGUUACAAUAUUUUCAUCACGAAGAAGAAAACAAAUAUGGAGUAAAAUUAACAACAACCACAAUCCUACCGCUAUUCAUACAAAAAAAAAAGACGUGCACAGGUCAUAUAGAGGUCAUUGUAUUGUUUGGCCGCCUCAUUAUUAUUAUUACGUUAUUACCAUUCAAAGUCUUGACUGAACUGAUUGCUAUGAAACAUUCCAGUCUGAGCCUGGUCGAGCGGGUGUGAUCAUAGUCUAACUCAGUGAUGCUCAACCGAAUUCGACCUGCGGGCCAUUUUAACUUUCGACACGCGUGUCGCGGGCCACAUCAAUAAAAGGUAAAAUAAUGAAAUCCAAAUUCUCCAAAAACUAUUUGAAAAUAUUGGAUCUAGUAUUAAUUAAUGGGAUAUUUAAAGUCAUCAUUUUUUACGCGUCUAAAAAUGGGAUCAUUUCUCUACUUAAAAUGUGAGCGACAUUGUAGCUACCUUUACCACCAACUUAUUUUCUUGUCUCUUUUUGGUUAAUAUUCCCAUCGACCCUCCAAUCUCUAGGCGUAGUUUGACCAAUCUUUUAUACGCGGCUCAAACCAAAAAGGCCUUCAUAUUUGUUUUAUAAUGCCGCUGUAUAUGUUCUUGUUUUUGAAACAGCCAGACUUUCUUUACAAAACAAAUAUGCUGGCUAAUUAUCAUGUUCCACAAAAAAAGAUCCAUUCACUUUUCUCGGUAGAUUCCCAUUUCAUAAACUCAUAAACGCACAAUCGUUAAAGGUCAUGGUACCAAUCCUUCAGAGAAAAAGUGGAGGCCCUAACAGUUUUGAAGGGGUGAGGAUUUGAUUUUCUACUUUUGUGCCGACGUUUCGGCGGGCCGGAUGAAACUACGUCGCGGGCCGGUUCUGGCCCGCGGGCCGUACUUUGGGCAUCACUGGUCUAACUGGUUGUGGAACAAAAGACAAAAAGGACUGGUGAAUGACCAAGCUCUCAUUCAUUACCUCAAGAAGUCCUUCUGUUUGGGGAAGUUUCAAAAUGACAAUAUGUGGUGGACUAUUAGAUACGUUGGUAAUAAAUAUAAUUAAAACACUGUCUAUUAAAUCAGGUUUUAAAAAAAUAAUUGAUUAAUAAGUAUAUAAAUAAUUUAUUCUUUUUUUUUUAAAACUAAAAUAAAAUCUAGCUCGUGCAACAGAGAAUAGGAGGCGCGUGGCUGAGUGGUACAUCCCUUUGCUUCUGAACUGGGGGUCCCGGGUUCAAAUCCUGGUGAAGACUGGGAUUUUUAAUUUCGGGACCUUUGAGCACCUAUGAGUCAACCCUGCUCUAAUGGGUACCUGACAUCUGUUGGGGAAAAGUAAAGGCGGUUGGUCGUUGUGCUGGCCACAUGACACCCUAAUUAAUCGUAGGCCACAGAAACAUGACCUUUAUAUCUGAAAGGGGAACUUUACAGAGAAUACAUCAUUUGUAAAAAAAAAAAAAAAGAUAAUAUCUCUGUUUUGAGAAAUAACUAACUAUAAAAAAAAAAUUUUCGUAUUUUUUUUUUUUGCUUUUACUAUUUAUAUUUAUCACACAAACUCAGAGGCGGCUGUUGAUGUUUUGGUUUCGAGAUUAAAUUUUUGUGUUUCGGAAAAUGUACAAGAAAAAAUAUGGGAGAAUAUAUUCUCUAACUAUUUUCCAUAGUGAUUCUCGAUUGAAUUGUUGCAAUCUGCCAAGUUGCUCUUUUAGGAAGCUUUACAAUCACUCAUUUUUGUCAGUCCUCAGGGACUUUAGAAGUUUGCCAACAUAGAUUUAAGAGAUCAGUCAUUCUGUUAACAAUGCACUGUUCCCAGUAUUUUAGCAUUUCUGCUGACACCAUGUUUAGCCCUGGUGCUUUGUUGUUCUUUAGGACUGCAAAGGCCAUUGAAACCUCCUAUGUUGUAAUUGAAUCUGUCUGGACAUUGAGAUCAUUGUCCGGAGAGGGGUCCUUGAAAGUGUAAGUCAGAUCUAGUGUCGGUUGGUUGAGGGUCUCUUUAAAGUGCUCUACCCAUCUUGCAUCCUGUUCUUCUUUCGUUAGCAAAGUUUAGCCUUGGUUGUCUUUUAUUGGUGCUCUGUGUCCACUCUUUGCUUCAGUGAGAUCUCGGACGAUGUGAUGGAGAGUCUUUGUGUCAUUUCUGUAUGACCUGCUUAUGACUCUUAGCUCUUCUGUUUAAUCCAGUCCCGUUUAUCUCGCCGACAACUUCUCAACUAUCAGAUCUGCUUCCCUAUAGGCUUUUUCCGCUAAGCUUCGAUCCUGUGUUGCAUUUUUCCGGUCUCGUCUACGUUUGUCAUUUUUCCUCUCAUCAAUCAAUUUCCAUGUUCUGUCUUGUAUCCACCGUUCCUUGUAUGGGUUUUCUUGGAGUCGAGCUGUAAUAAUGCGGUCGCUGACUGGCUUCCAGCAACUAGUGCCGAGGCUGCUAUUUUGGACAUGGCAAUUCCUACACGACAAGCGUGUUCCUAAUUGUGUCCUGCGUAUAUUAUGGUCUCGCAGAUUCCUAGGAUAUCCAGCCGGUAGGUGUCAAACUCUUUUAAAAGUUGGGCCAGUUUACGCAUUGGUUCAGGAUUCUGCAUGUACAGUAUCUACUACCAAGAGAUACUUAGAGAUAUAUUAUUAUUUCAUUCAUCAUAUGUUUCAUUAUCAUCGUAUAUAUAUAUGAUAGUUUUAAAUUCAUUAUUAUUGUAUGUAU